CCAAUCGGCGCCUACCACCGGGCUCCCCCCUUUCCGGCCGUUUCCAUGGCGGCGCGAGGGGGGGGAAGAAGGUUGUAAGGCGUCGUGGAGAUCAUGGCGGGUGUUCGCUUUCCCUGUCGAAUCCUGCGAGGCUAAGAGCAUCCCUGGGCUGUAGUGACAAAGCUGGACAAACAACUGAAAAUGUCAUCCUAUUUGGCUCAGGAGGUUCACCUUGCUAGAAGACAUGAAGAGAUACUGUCUCGGAGAUCAGAGCUGCUACAGCAGAUGGAGACUUAUCUAGGAGACAAAAAGACUAAAAAGACAUGGCAAACUCAAGCCGCUGAUGCAGCUCGUAAAAGGAAUGCAGCACUUUUAAAUGAUAUAGAAGCAGCAGAAAAAAGGCUGCAAGAAAGAGUGUAUUUACUUCCACAUCCCGAUACUGUUAAGUUAGAAACUCUGUAUUGGGCAUCAAUAAAAGAAUCUCUUCCCAAGUGGGAACAGUUUCUUUUGGGAAGAGCAGAAGUUCCUAUUGGUUUUAAGACAGUGAAAUCUGCAAAAGAGAACAUAAGCCACCCAGAAGAAAAUUCACAAAAAUAAACACUCUGGUUUCAUUUUGGUUUGUAAUUUAUGGCUUAAGCAGACAAGAUCAUCCAGAUCUGGAAACAGAAUAUUGUGACAUUAAAUUGUAAUGUAAAUCUUUAAAAUUAAUAAGAACCACAUUGGAUAAUUUGCUUCCAUUGUCGCGUUAUGUACAAUUCUUUAUUUUCAGUCUGUACUAGGGAAGCGGUCCUCAAAGGGGCUUUUAGGAUCAAAAGAGGGAAAUUCUGCUGUAUAGAAACCCACCAAGGCAAUUGCUUUUUCAGUAUGGGAAAGGUUUAGGUUAUUUUUAAUCCCCUGCAUCUACAUAUAAGUGCAAUAAGGAAAGACAGAUUCCUGCAUUAUCUGUCUUCCCUGCAGUCAUCUGUGCUGUGUGCCUCUUUGUGGGUGAGGGGGAGAGGAGGAAUUACCGUUAGCAGGAGAGCAGGCUGUGUGCAUCAGGCAGGGUAGCCUUGGUUUAGCACUAGGAGUCUGUGUAAAAACCUUUGUGAGAGCGGUUGUAGGAGCAACACCUUGAAUUUCCUCACCUUGCUUCCGCUGAUUCUCACCAUUGCCACUUCCAUUGCUUCUACACCUCACCCAGCAACCAUUGCCACUUUUCUCACCCUCCUGCUGCCUUCUUCAUAUUCCCUCUCUAAAGGGUGGGUAAAGGCAAGAAAAGGUAAACAAAUCUCUAGAGGGUUUUGCCACUUCUAGGCUGCCUUUAACGCUCUCUUCUUUACGUUCACAAAAUCCGCGAGUGAGAACUUGUGCUUAGGCAUGAGAAGUUUGAAAGAAGCAAACGGAAAGGUGGCUGGCAGAGGCUGUCCAAGAACCAAGUGUGUUGAGGUUAUAUUUUCAUUCUCAGCCAUUGAGCGGCUCUUUCUGACUGAGGUGCAGCAUCAGUGAGUUUUGAUUGUACACUGGGCUGACUGGAUAUGAAAAUGACACUGCUCUAGUGCGAUACUUUUUUAAGUAUCAGAUCAGUGGAACAUCCUUCCAUUUGUGUGACUUGGCCUGCAGAAAUUUAACCUAAACAAAGGAAGCCUGGGAAAAGAAAAAAUCUUUUUUUUUUU